AUGUAUACGGGCUCCCAGGACAUCACCAGGACCCGGAUCGGCGAGGACGAGGACCUGGAUGAGGCAGCGCUGGCGGGCCUGCUCUGGGUGGUGACCGGCGUGGAAGACCUGACUAGGGCGGUGCUUCCCCGGGAGCAGUUGGUGCUCUACGCGGACUCGGGGCGGGUGAUCCCUGGGGUAGACGAGGAGACGGGCGGCGCCCGAAAGACCGGCGGCGUGGACGCCGUAGGUGGCAGGCCACCGACGGGCGGCAGGGAGGCCGCGGGCGGUCGGACGCAGACCGGUGGUAGGGGUGCUGCAGGCGGCAGGCGGCAGGCCGGCCGUGGGGCUGCCGCAUGCACCAGUCUUCAGGCUGGCAGAAGAGACGCCGCCAGCAGCGGAGCGACGGCCUCCGGGGACAAGGGAAAGCACCCCCGGACGUUCGUGCCUCAGCCGUCGUCCUCGUCGUCGCCGUCGCCUCCACGGCAGCGGCCGUCGGCGGGCAGCACGAAGGAGUAA